AUGGAAGUUCAAUCUCAGAGUCCUCAGGGAAUUGAGACCGAAUUGACUGCACAACCCGGGUCUUCCGAUCAGAAUGUGGCAAUCGAACAACCAGUUAUUCUCACUUUCGAGGAGAUCAAUGAUUUUGACCCAUUCGUGACUGAGAGUGCUCCGCCUCAGGCGAUCGGUACUCAACCUGGUCGCCGAAGGUCGCAAGAGGAGGAAGACCUGCAGAAGCUCAUCCCCCUCGCUCCCCGAAGCUCUUAUUAUUCCAAAAAGUUUUUUGGAACCGGUUGGAAGAACGCCCAGUUUGCCGUGUCUUCCUCCUCGGGGCCUGUUCGGCUCCCGCAGGAUUGGAAUUACAAGGACACUGGCGUGACAGUUAGAGCCAAGGUGAUGGGGGAGCCUGUCUAUCGCAGACUCAUCCUCGAAAUCACCUACAGAAAGUCAGACGAUCCUUCCAAGACUGCCGUCGCCUACCUGCAGUUCGAUAACCAUUUGCACGUCACUGACUACGAGGUGCAAGACAAAGUGCAUCGAAACAGAAAGGGCAGAAAUACCAAGCAGCACAAGAAGAACCAGCCAGUGGACACGUCAGAGAAUGAAUCAAAUGAGCAGAAGGAAGACAGCUACUGGGUUGUAAAAUUUGUUGCGAAAGGUUGUACGGCUUUUGGAAUGGAUAUCGACGACACUGGCUUCGAUAACGCUUCGGCCAAUGUCUUCCGGUAUCUUCGCAGACUCACCAGCAAACUGAAGACCGGAGAAAAGACCCAAGUCAUGAUCCGAAUUAACGCACAUUUUGGAAUCGACGAGACGGAUGGGACUGAUGAAAAGAAGAAGAAGGCAGCUGCUCGCAAGGAACGUUUUAGGAUGGCUCAGGACCUCAUAUUCGAUUUCAAGAAGUCGGCCUGCAGGGCUUGGUCCCCGUAUUGUGGUCCAACCGGAAAGCCUCAGACUCACUGGGGCAAUUUGGUCUCCCGGGAACAGAUCAAUAGGGCGGCCAUUCAACCAGCAUCAGCAGAGACUGAAACCAAUGGCAAAGACCAGAAUGGUUACGAAGAUGCGAAACAUGAGGUCCAGGAGAGCAGAAUCAUACGGUACCCUUCUCAGAUAUCGUUCGCCAGCCUUGAAGAAGCCGCAAUUGUGUUCUCGUACGGUGCAUUUCUGGAAUGGAGGCGGGAGAAAGAGCUUCACGACAGCAUCUCAUCGAUGGACCACAAAGUCGGGUUUUUGAACGUUGCUGGCCAUGGUAUUAUGGCUAUCAUGUUUUACUCUAUGCCUGAUACCAAAAUUGCCGAGUCCUUCCGAGUGAAAGAAGCAUCAAACAUCGUGAUCAGCUUUACGCCUCCAGAGAGGAGGACGAACCGAAACGUGACUUGUCAGGGCAUAGCCGUCCCCAAUAUAUUCAGUCUCCCAUACCGCAAUCCGCUCUAUUUGGUGAAGACAGAAUUUUUAGAGUUUUUCCAGUCUCUCGCCACCAACCCAGGACAGCCCCUUAAGCUCCUGAAUGCUAGGGUCAUGUUCCGGAUCCCUCACGUAGGGGCCGCGAGACAAGUCGAUGCGAUAAACUUGAUCACCAACAUGAAACCAGGGGCAGAAUUCGCACAGCGGUGGCAGAAGAUCCUCCUCAAUCAGAGCCGCGGGCCUAGGGCAGUUGUGGAUCCUCUGAAGGAUAUCGACCCGACGCACGAGAGAUUCCAAAAGAUAUUGGAAGAUGUCCUGAGCAAGUUAACCUUGUCUGAAGAUCAAAUCCGAUGCCUCAAAUCUUGCACUGCAUUCCCAGAUGGCGUCUUGAUCAUACAAGGGUUCCCCGGAGCGGGAAAGACCUUCUUGUUGGCGCUCAUCGGUCUUGUCUUCCAAAUGAUGGGUUUUCAUAUCGUUUACGGGGCCCCAACGCACCAGGCUGCCGAUGCAAAUUGCGAAGCUCUUUUGAAGCUCAUGGGGAUUUUGAACAUCCAAUGUCGUCUCCUGAGAGCGUACCGAACACAAACGGAAGUACAAGAGUUCCUAUCCAAAGCGAAGAAGGCUGAUCGCGAGUCUGAGUCCGAGGGCAAGUCUGACACUGAGCAUGGGGAGAUCGCAGAACCUGAGGAGACAGGGGAAGCGGCUAUGUCCAUAGAGGCCCAGCUUCUUAUGCUCCAGAUCGCACAAGAUAUCGCUACAGCGGACCGUAACCGAUGCUAUGGCCUGCCGCAACUGUCUCUGGAAUUCCAAGUACUUCGCGCGAUUGAAUCAGCUGAGAAAGAGGGCCGUACACUUCUUGGCCACUAUCCAUCCGAAGAACAGAAGGCUCUAUCUCAGGGCUUGGUUGCUCUUGAAGAUGUCUACGAAUUGGAGGGACCUGAAGUUGACAUGUUCGCCGAGCUUCGAUCGCAUCUGCAACACAUGAGGGAUGAACCACUGAGCGAAUGGGGUUUAGAGGAUAAAAAUUGUGCGCUCAUCGCUUUCAAGCACGUUCGCCAGUACGUUGCUAGAGCCAGCCAGAUCCUCGUUUCCACUAACAACAACCUGGCCUCAAACGUGUGUUCCCAGCAUUUUGGAUUAGAGGCGAAAGCCGUGCUCCUCAUCCGAGAUGAGGACCCUAAGGAGCUCGAAAUCGCUGCCAUUGUGCUUGGUGGAGAUACAUGGCAACUCCAGCACACGGUUCUCACAGCGAAAGAACAACCGGGAUGGAACGAGUUUAGUUAUCAGAUGGAGACGUCCCUUGUUGUUCGAUUGAUUCGCGCGAACCAUCCCGUCUUGAACCUGACCGAGCAACGCCGUUUCCGGCCGAGUUUCGCGGAGUUUUUGAACAGACGUAUCUACAAAAACGAAAUGCGAUCUCACCCUGUGACCGACUCCCUGAAGGUUAACCCUAAAUGGGACAGAAUGGUACGGGCCAUUUUUCCAAUCACUCGAGCAGAUUUCGAUACCGGCCAUUUCGUUCUCAGUCUGGAGAUAUCUUCGUGUGUGCUUGAAUCAUCAAGUCUAUCAAGGUACAGUGCUGCUCAUGUCGAAGCUGUCUUGACCUUGAUCCUGGCCAACCAUAUGUAUGGAUGUUAUAAAGGCGAAGAUAUGAAGAUUAUAACGCCCUAUUCAGCUCAACGCAACCUUUACCGAAGGGCGCUUUUCCAGAUGAGAUCUCAAAUACUCGAGGAGAGUCAGCCUUCAGUUGAGACGAUAGAUUCCAUGCAGGGAAGAGAAGCGAAGGUCGUCAUACUUGAUUUCACGGUGUCUGACGCGACUAAAGCCGGUGAUCUUGGCUUUGUUGAUGAUGAUCACCGUUGCAACGUCGCCCAUUCAAGGAUGAUCGAAGUACUAGUUACCGUUAUGCCUAAGCGGAUUGCAUCUAGCCCUCUGGGAACAAACAUUGCACAACGACUCAAUUCUUUUGGUAAAAUUGUCAGGCCAAAAGUUCCUUACGUGGUCGAGUACAUGCAGUGGGCUUCUCAGAGGGGGAUGGUCGUGGAAGUCGAUGAGGUUCGCGAAUCAGACGUCGGACACAAUACUACGUUCGCUACAGUGGAUGGACUCGAGACACAACAGGACGCCAAUUCAGCUUGGACCAGAAGGAAAUACUGCGCCGGAUACAAGGAGUAG